GGUUUGCAACCGCCAAAUCAAACCAGAAGAAGAAGAAGAAGAAGAAGAUAAACAACGACGCAACUGUGUGCACAGUAUUCCCCUCUUGUCGGUUAAUUUAACAGCAUUUUAUCCGAUAUUAUGGAGGGUGCACUGGAGCAGCAACUUGACGAUACUAUGAAAAAAAUUGCCAUUGUUGGGGUUUUGUGCACAGACGCUCAAGGCCAUAAUCUAGGAUGCCGAGGCUCACUCUGUGAUGAGCAUGGAGGAGUUGUUUCUGUACUGGCCAAGCAAGCUGCUUCCCUAACCAAAGACCCAACUUACUGCCCUACUGUGUGCCUGGAGUCUUACUGUGGGAACAUUUUGAUGAAAACACAUGGAACAAUUACAGUAGCCAUGCAUAAGAUGGCAUCAUGAAUUCUCUAAUUGUCUCUGAAUUUGUGCAGUGUUUGUAAGUAUUUGAAUAGCUUAAACAGUCCCUUGUCAUCAACAGAAAAGCUUAAUGAUUGGCAGAGAUCAUGUCUCCUGUUUAAAUGAUGUAUUUGUCAAAUGAUAUUCUUCCUCAAUUAAUAAAUUGCGUUAUGGUAACUGA